AUGUCUUUGUCCAAAGGUCUUAAGAGGAAAGUUGACGACGAAAAUAGAGUCUUUAAGGAGGAAUGGAAAGAGAGUUUUGCGUUCAUUUUACCGGAUUUCAAAAAUGCAAAGCCGAUGUGUCUGAUUUGCAAAGAAGUUGUCGCUGUUUGCAAAGAAUAUAACAUAAGACGGCACCAUGAGACAAAGCAUGCCAAUUUCAAGGUUGCCUAUCCACUUAAAACAGAGGCACGAAAGCGCAAAAUCGAAGCGCUGGCACAAGGCUAUGCUCAGGGCAGCAGGAUCCUAUUGCGAGGUUUUACCUCUCAACAAAAAGCAACAAGUGCGUCUCUAAAAGCGUCUUGGUUGCUCGCACGAAACAACAGGCCUUUUACCGACGCAGAGCUUUUUAAAGAGGUCAUGGUUGCAGUGUUGGAGGAAUUGGCUGUUGACAAGUCCAUGGAUGGAAUCAUUGCCUCUGUCAAACAGGUGCCCCUUUCUGCACGGUCCGCUAACCGCCGCGUAGAGGUGUUGUCUAACGCUGUGCAUGAAGUCGUUAUCAGCGAUCUCAAUAAGGCUAAUUACUUUUCUUUAGCGGUAGAGGAGAGCACUGACAACACAGAUGUUGCCCAGAUGUGUGUCUUUGUCAGGUAUUUUGAUGGUAAGCAGUUUAGGGAAGAUUUGCUGUCUCUCAUUCCUUUGGAGGGGAACACCACUGGAGAUAUUAUAUUCACUGAACUGUCAAAAGUGUUUGAACGGCAUUCAUUGUCAUUUGAAAAAGUCAACCUACUCGUGACAGAUGGAGCCCCUGCUAUGGUGGGUAAACACAGAGGUUUGGUGAGCAGGUUGAAAGAGAUCGCUCCUCAAAUGCAUGGGCUGCAUUGUCUUAUCCACCAGAGUGUACUUUGUGCAAAGCUCAGUGGUGAGCUGAAGGUAGUUAUGGAUAAAGUGAUGCGUGUCAUCAAUUUUGUCAGGGGUACAUCAAGCACCCAGCAUCGGCUUUUCCGACAACUUGUGGCAGAUUCAGAGGAGGCAAUUCACGACGACCUGUUGCUGCACAAUGACGUGCGCUGGCUAAGCAAGGGCAAAGCAUUGGACCGCUUCUGUGCGCUACUGGGUGAGGUGAAGGCAUUCCUUCUAUCUAGCAAGAGUAAGGCAGCAGCAGAUCAUCUUGUCUUUCUGGAAGACGAGAAGUUCAUGUCCAAUGUUGCAUUUUUAGCUGACAUAUUUGGCCAUUUAAACAAUCUUAACCUGCAGCUACAGGGAAAAGACAAAACCAUCGUGGACAUGGUUGAAAAGCUCCAAGCAUUCACUGUCAAGCUGGGGUUGUUAGAGUCGGACAUAUCAACUGGCAGGCUCCUACAUUUUAGUACUCUAAAAACACAGGAAAGACGAGUGACGGGACUGAUGGUAGACUUCAUCAAGCAACUCCGAGCCAACUUCUCUUCUAGGUUGGAGGACUUCUCCAUCCCGAAUGAAAUAAUUGCUUUUGUGCGUGACCCUCUCACAACCCGACCUAGCGGAGAACUCUCCACCUUGGUCAAAACAACCGUCCCUUCCUUGGAUGAGGCUAAAUUUGAGAUGGAGUUAAUUGAUUUCCAAGCAACCUCUCUGAUCAAAGAUGCAUUCAGAUCUGCAGAGUCACUGAGUGCCUUUUGGGUGGCAUGCUCAGAGGAGUACAGCACAAUCAAGAACCUUGCGUUUUAUGUGUUGACAAUGUUCCCUUCCACCUAUACAUGCGAGUCUGCCUUCUCAUCAAUGAAUGCAAUAAAGACAUAUGAGAGGAAUCGACUGACACACAAAAACCUUGAGAACUGCCUGCGGAUUUCAGUGACAACUGUAACACCAGACAUCCGAAGCAUUGUGGUGAAUGAAAGAUGCCAGUUUUCACAUUAA